GCGAGGUCGCUUCUUCUCCGGCGAGGUCCGACCUCUCAAGAAAAAUGACCGACGCAACAAUUAUUUCCAUUUACCUGGAAAAUAGCAAAAUCGAUUUUAUCUUUUAGCAUGACCUGCCUGGAAGAAACCAGGCGCGCCCGAUUUCGCCUAACGUUUCCCAUUUCCAUAGGGAGACCGGCCCCAAGUAAAAAGAAAAAGGUGACGGUUGAACAAAGCCACAUCGGGUCACUCGCCACUGGCGAACUGCCUAACAAGUGUUAUAUAUUCCCUCUUCUGCCCUUCCCACUACUCCUCGUCGACUUGAUUCGCCGGCGCCGACGAGCAACCCCGACUUGACUCUGACCACACCACCACCACGCCAUCACCUUUCCCUCACAGCUCCACAGUCCUGGCCACGCACACACAAGCAAAGAAUCCUCUCCUGUCGUCGACAAACCCAAGAUGAGCAGGCUCCACCACGUCCUCCUCCCAUUCCUCCUCCUCCUGGCCGCCGCCGGCAGCGCCGCGUCGGCGUCGAGCCCCCCGAAGGUGAGCCCGGCGGAGGCCACAGGCUUCGUGCGCCGGUGCUGCCGUGCCACGAGCUACCCGCGCGCGUGCGAGCGGAGCCUGGUCCCUCGCGCGCCGAGCGUGGGGCUCAGCCCGCGCCGGCUCGCGCAGGCCGCGCUGGCGGCCGCCGCCGACGCCGCGCGCAACUGCUCCGCCUACAUCGGGUCCCCGUCCUCCUCCUACGCGUCGUCCAAGGGGAAGGGGGGCGGCGCCAUGGGGGACUGCGCCGAGACGGUGCGCGACGCGGCGGACCUGCUGAAGCAGUCGGCGGCGGAGCUGGGCGGGCGGGUGGGGCGCGCCUCGUCCCCGCGCUUCGCGUGGUGCCUCAGCAACGUGCAGACCUGGGCCAGCGCCGCGCUCACCGACGCCGAGACCUGCCUCGACUCCCUCUCCACCUACGCCGGCGGCGCGCCCCGGGAGGACGUGAAGCGCCGCGUCGUCGCCGUCGAGCAGGCCGCCGGCAUCGCCCUGGCCCUCGUCAACCGCCUCCAGCCCGCGCGCCGCCCCGCCACCGCCACCGCCGUCCACCAGUAGCCGUUGCUGCUAGCUAUCUAUUCCCCGUCGCCAUUGUAGCUACAUAUUCUAUUCCCCUUCGCCAUUGCUGCGCUGGCAGACAUAUGUACGGAUUACGUUACUGCUAGUGAAACAAUUUCACCAUCACCAUCA